AGCCACAUUCCACAGAACAAAGAUCAUUUCCCAGAAAUGCCAGUGAACGUUGUUGUCAGUGUGAUUAGAGCUGCAGACGUGUGUGUGGAAGCGUCCAACAAACCUUAAACCCACUUCAUCAGAUCUGUUUCCAGUCUCAGCAGAGUCUCUACAAACAGAGAUAUGGCUGCUGCUGGUCGUGUCCGAUCUGAAGAUCAGUUCCUGUGUUCCAUCUGUCUGGAUGUCUUCACUGAUCCAGUCAGCACACCAUGUGGACACAACUUCUGCAAAUCCUGCAUCUCUGAUCACUGGAGGGUGAAUGUCCCAUAUCAGUGUCCCAUGUGUAAAGAGGUUUUCAACAUAAAACCUCAGCUGAAGAUCAACACAAUCAUCUCAGAGAUGGUGGCUCAGUUCAGACAUGAAGCUCAACAUGAACCAAACAUCUACAGCUCAGACCAACAAGCUGCCAAACCAGGAGAAGUUCCCUGUGACGUCUGCACUGAACCCAAACUGAAGGCCCUGAAGUCCUGCCUGGUGUGUCUGACCUCCUACUGUCUGACUCAUGUGGAAUCUCAUCGGACAGUUCCAGGACUGAAAAGACAUCAGCUGAUCCACCCUGUGGAGAACCUGAAUGACAGGAUUUGUAGGAAACACAAGAAACCUCUGAGGCUGUUCUGUAAAACCGACCACACAUGUAUCUGUAAACACUGCGCCUACUCAAACCACAGAAGUCAUGACGUUACUCCUCUGAAAGACGAACAUAAGCAGAAGCCAGAUCUGAAGAAGAUGAUCCAGGAGAGACGACUGAAGAUCCAGAUUAUCCAACAGUCAGUGGAGCUCAGUAAGAACGCUGUAGACAGAAAGACAGCAGAAGGUGUUGAGGUGUUGAGGGCUCUGAUGGAAAGAAGUCUGAAGCAGCUCUUAGGGGAGAUCCAAGAAAAGCGGAGAUCCACUGAGAAACAGGCUGAAGACUUCAUCAAAGAGCUGGAAGAGGAAAUCUGUGAGCUGGAGAAGAGAAGGACUGAGGUGAAGCAGCUCUCAGGCUCUGAAGACCACCUCCACUUUGUCCAGAGGUUCACAUGUAUAAAAGCUGCUCAAUCCAUGAAGACCUGGACAAAUGCCAGCAUCUGUCCACCAUCAUAUGAGGGGACUGUGGAGAGAGCUGUGUCUGAGCUGAAGGACGAACGCACAGAAAACAAGAAAAAGAAGAAGAACAAGAACAAGAAGAACAAGAACAAGAAAGUGGUUGAAGCUGAGCUGAAGAGAAUCCAACAGUAUGAGGUGGAUGUGACUCUGGAUCCAGAUACAGCACAUCCUGAACUCAUCCUGUCUGAUGAUGGAAAACAGGUUCAUCACGGUGAUGAAACGAAGAACCUUCCAGACAAUCCACAGAGGUUCUCUGAUUGUCCUUGCAUCUUAGCGAAGCAGAGUUUCUCUUCAGGCAGGUUUUACUUUGAGGUUCAGGUCAAAGGAAAGACUGACUGGACUUUAGGAGUGGUCAGAGAGUCCAUCGACAGGAAAGGAGAGAUCACAGUGAGACCUCCAAACGGAUUCUGGACCAUCUGGUUGAGAAAUGGGAAUGAGUUCAGAGCUCGUGCUGAUCCUCCUGUCCGUCUGUCUGUGCAGUCUGGUCUUCAGAAGGUGGGGGUGUUUGUGGAUUAUGAGGAGGGUCUGGUCUCCUUUUAUGACAUAGAUUCUUCAGUUCUCAUCUACUCCUUCACUGGCUGCUGCUUCAGUGAUAAACUCCUCCCAUUUUUCGAUCCAUGGUCUAAUGUUGAAGGUACAAACUCUGCUCCUCUGAUCAUCACUCCUGUCGACACUGAGUAAGAAACUCAUCAGAUGUACAGAUUUUCUCUGAUUUACUGGAGUCACUAAACUUAGUGAUGAUGUAAACUGUUUGAACGUGGAUGAAUCUGGAUCCAAAUGCACUGAAAUACUCACAUUAGUGCUGAUAAUAAUCCUGGUUUGACACAUUCUGAUGUCUGUGAUUUAAUCCAAUGAUAAUGAUGGUGUUUGAAUGUGAACUUGAAUUCAAAUGUUGGGAUUGUGAAUGUGUUUCCAUGAUGUGAUUGAUUUUAUACAUUUAAAUGAUAGAAGUGUUCAGGAGGAUUCAAUAUUCAAUAAUAAAAGUAAAGAUUCUGUUCAUCAGCUUUAAUAAAUACAGUCAUAUACUGUCUACAUUUGAAAUAAGAAUAAAUAUUAAAUAAUAAAUGUUUGCUGAGUUGUUUUCUUUUUGUUCAGAGACAAACACAUGUAAUUAUUGUAAACCCUGUAAUUAUUUUCACAUCAGCUCAGACGGAGGUUAGACCAUAAUAUUUAAGACCAAAUAUAUUGAAAUGAUUCAUCAGUUAUUCAAAUAUGUUCUGAUUAAAUUUACUAAAGUUGAAAUCCAAUCAGUCCAUUUGAUAAAUCACAAACCUUCAACUUAUUUGGAUGAUUCUGCUCAAAUAUUUGAUUUACGUAUUUACAUGUAAAUGAUGAAGAAAUAGAUGGAAAUAUUCACAUUAUUUUCUCUGUUAAAUGUAAAACUUCAAUAAAUGUAUUAAA